AUGGCUAAUAAAGUUGUUAAGAAACCAAGUUCGAAAAGUGAGCUAAAAUCGUUGGCAGAGAAGAUUCGUCAGCGGGCCCUUGAGCGCCAGCAUUCAACCGCCACUGGAGAAGGAGACUCUGACGGAAGCCACGAUGAAGACGAGAUAGAGGAAGAAGAGGAAGGACGAGAGCUUGAGCGACAGGGAGACUCCGGGAAGCAGGCUGAAGAGGAAGAAGAAAGCCAAUUUGAUUCCUUUGCCGAGCUAAAAUUAGUUCCAGAACUGCUGGAAGCAUGCGAGAACUUGAAAUUCACCAAACCUACACCAAUUCAGGCUGCAGCCAUCCCACCAGCUUUAGAAGGAAAGGAUAUAAUUGGAUUAGCGCAGACAGGAUCCGGGAAAACUGCGGCUUUCGCAAUCCCCAUCUUGAACUCUCUGUGGCACGACCAGCAGCCAUAUUACGCUUGUGUCAUGGCUCCCACCCGAGAACUGGCACAGCAGAUCAAAGAGACAUUUGACUCUUUGGGCGGAGUCAUGGGUGUCAGAACUACAUGUAUUGUAGGCGGGAUGAAUAUGAUAGAUCAAGCGAGAGACCUUAUGCGUAAACCACACAUCAUUAUAGCCACCCCCGGGCGGCUCAUGGACCAUCUCGAAAACACUAAGGGGUUCUCGUUGCGUAAGCUACGCUACCUCGUAAUGGAUGAAGCUGAUAGACUACUGGAUAUGGAAUUUGGCCCUGUUUUGGAUAGGAUUCUCAAAAUCAUUCCCACUCAAGGCAGGACUACUUAUUUAUUCUCCGCUACGAUGACAUCAAAGAUCGACAAGCUUCAAAGAGCAAGUUUAACAAACCCCGUCAAAUGUGCAGUCUCUACGAAGUACCAAACUGUGGAAACCUUGAUUCAGACUCUGAUGGUGGUGCCAGGAGGCUUAAAAAACACGUUCCUGAUAUAUCUGCUUAACGAGUAUUUGGGUAAAACUGUCAUCGUUUUCACCCGUACCAAAGCGAACGCAGAAAGGAUAUCUACUUUGUGCAACUUGCUUGAAUUUAGUGCUACCGCCUUGCACGGUGACUUAAAUCAAAAUCAAAGAACGGGUGCCUUGGACCUUUUCAAAGCAGGCAGAAGAUCGAUCUUAGUAGCGACCGACGUUGCUGCCAGAGGGUUGGACAUUCCAUCUGUUGAUAUUGUCAUCAAUUAUGAUAUCCCAGUAGACUCAAAGUCGUAUAUUCACCGUGUAGGUAGAACGGCAAGAGCAGGUCGUUCGGGAAAGUCCAUCUCUCUGGUAUCUCAAUAUGAUCUGGAGUUAAUACUCAGAAUAGAAGAUGUUCUAGGUCGUAAACUUCCAAAGGAGUCCGUUGAUAAGGGUGCCAUCCUCGCGCUGCGUGAUACUGUGGAUAAGGCCAAUGGUGAGGUGGUUAUGGAGUUGAACAGAAGAAGCAAAGAGAAAGCAGCCCGAGGUAAGGGAAGAUCGGGUCGGAUGAAGUCCAGGGAUAAUAUGGAUAGAGGUGAGGAGUGA